GAAAAGAAGAGAAGCUUUGGUACUGGUGCAUAUUAGUCCUGCUGCUUGUCAGCACAUGCAUUCCACUUUCCACUGCAAAAUCGACCUUGGACCCCAAAUUUUGCCUCUCCUGCAAGAAAAGAACACCCCACCUUCCAUUCCAUCCAUAUUCACGCUCCUCUCUGUCUCUGUCUCUCUCUCUCUCUCUCACACACACACAAAAUCUACAGAUUCUAUUACUACUACCACUACAACAAGAUCAAACGCGGCUUCCAUGUCACUACACAUCAGCUUAUCAGCACCAAGCAGCAGCUGCGUAUUUGGAUAGAGGAAGAGGUUUAAUUUAAGGAUAUAGGCCCAUCGACAGUAGUACUUGCAGUAGCCUCUGCAGCGCCAUCAAAACCAAGCCAGCUAGCUACUUACCUCCAAUCUUUCUUGACAUCUUACUGAUCACUAUUGUGUUUAUCCAGUCCAAUAUAUAUAUAUAUAUAUAUAUGAUGAUGAUGAUACCAAGAUCCAUAAUUAUAAAGGGCCGAUCUUCCUUCAUCUUGGUCAUUUCAUCCAACUUAACUUGUCUUCCACACGCUCUGUAGAAUUCCUAAUAUACUAUCUUCAUCAUAGUCAGGAUCAUGAGGGCAGGAGGAUACGCCAUGAACCAAUCCCUGACCUCGGAGGCUGCGAACGUCGUAAAACAAGCCGUAACCCUGGCGAGGAGGCGCGGCCACACUCAGGUGACUCCCCUCCACGUAGCCAGCACCAUGCUCACCUCUCCAACCGGCCUCCUCCGCACGGCCUGUCUCCGGUCCAACUCCAACCCAUUCCGGUGCCGAGCUCUUGAGCUUUGCUUCAAUGUUGCCCUCAACCGCCUCCCAGCGUCAUCCGCAGGACCCAUGCUGGGCCCUAAUUCCCACCACCCCUCCAUCUCCAACGCAUUGGUGGCCGCCUUCAAGAGGGCUCAAGCCCACCAGCGCCGCGGCUCGAUCGAGAACCAGCAGCAGCCCCUCCUAGCAGUGAAAAUAGAGCUCGACCAGCUCAUAAUCUCCAUUCUAGACGAUCCCAGCGUCAGUAGAGUCAUGAGAGAAGCUGGCUUCUCCAGCACCCAAGUGAAAGCCGACGUCGAAAAGGCUGUUGCUUUGGAGCUAAGCUCCCAAACCCUCCCAACCGAUAAUAACUCAAAGGAAAGCAAUUUCCAAGUGGGGAAAGGAAUCAGUAGGCCCAGGGCAUCGUCAGAUAAUCAAGUGAGAAAUGAGGAUGUGAUGAGCGUGAUAGAAACCAUGUUGAGCAAGAAGAGGAAAAGUAUUGUGCUUGUUGGGGAGUGUUUGGCCACCAUAGAAGGUGUAGUUAGAGGAGUGAUGGACAAAGUUGAUAGAGGAGAAGUUCCUGAGGCUUUUAGGGAACUCAAGUUCAUAAGCCUUCCUCUAAACACUUUGGAAAAUGUUCCUAGAGAAGAGCUUGAAAGGAGGCUUGGGGAGCUGAGGUGCCUUGUGAAGAGCUGUGUGGACAAAGGGAUUGUUUUCUACUUGGAAGAUCUUCACUGGACCACUGAGUAUAGAGCUGGUUCCGGCGAACAAAGGAGGAAAUACUACUGCCCAGUGGAGUACAUGAUCAUAGAGCUUGGAAGAUUGGUUUCUGGAAUUGAGGAGAGUGGCAGGUUUUGGCUACUGGGAAUUGCAACCUUUCAAACUUACAGGAGAUGUAAGACUGGUCACCCUUCGUUGGAGACUAUUUGGGGGCUUCAUCCUCUUACUAUUCCUGAGGGAAGUUUGAGCUUGAGCCUCAACCCUGACAGCAGUGAUGCACAAAGUGUGCCUAGAACCAAGAAAGCUGAAAAUAGGUCUAAUUUGCUUCUGCUGGGUGGGAACGAGAAGCAACUCAGCAGCUGCUUGGCUCAAUGCUCCACCAAGUUCGAGAAUGAAGCCCGAAGCUUCAACACCUGUACCAGCGAGGCCACCACCUCGAGCCUGCCUUUGUGGCUUCAAAAAUACAAGGAUGAAAACCAAAGACUCCGCAACACCACCGAUCAAGUUUCAAGCAACAAUGAUCAGGAGUCUGUCCCAGUCAGAGAUCUCUGUGAAAAGUGGAACUCAUUUUGCAGUUCAUCAGCUCAGAGACAACCCUACUUAUCUGAACGAACUAUAACCUUCUCUUCUGCAUCACCUUCUUGCUCUACUUCUGCUAUUUCGUACCCUAAUUUUCACCAUGCUAUCCAUUGGAGUGGUGAUCAGCAUUUUUCAACUUACGAAGAAGGGAUGGACGGAAGCUAUGAACCAAGUUUUAGAAUAUACAGUCCCCAGCCCAAACAGCUAUUCUUGUCCAAUCCAAGCUCAACCCAUAAUUCAGCUUCCUCGAGCGACACGGAGGCCGAGAAUCCUCACAGAUUCAAGGAGAUGAACUCCGAGAACUUCAAAACCCUGUGCAAUGCAUUGGAGAAAGAAGUGCCAUGGCAUAAAGAAAUCAUCCCUGAAAUCACUUCCACUAUAUUGAGAUGCAGGUCUGGCAUGGUUAGAAGAAAAGGGGAUCAUACGAAGAGUAGUUGCGAAGCAAAAGAGGAGACUUGGCUGUUCUUCCAAGGUUUGGAUGUGGAUGCCAAAGAGAGGAUUGCCAGGGAGUUGGCCAGGCUUGUUUUCGGGUCACAUUCGGACCUUGUUUCAAUUACUUUGAGCAGCUUCUCGUCGACCCGAGCCGAUUCCGUCGAAGACUUGAGAAAUAAGCGAUCGAGAGAUGAGCAAAGCUGCAGCUACUUGGAGCGAUUUGCAGAAGCCGUGUCUGUGAAUCCUCAUAGAGUGUUCUUGGUUGAAGACGUAGAGCAAGCUGACUAUUGCUCGCAAAUGGGGAUCAAGCGGGCGAUUGAAAGGGGAAGAAUAAUGAGUAAUUCCAAUGGCAAAGAAGUGAGUCUUCACGAUGCCAUUGUAAUUCUGAGCUGCGAAAGCUUCAGUUCUAGGUCCAGAGCUUGCUCACCUCCAAGCAAACAGAAAUCGGACGGAUCUGAAGAGGAGAAGGAAAUUGGGCACUGUGUCUCUUUGGAUUUGAACGUUUCUUUUGAUCAAGAUGACAAUCUUCAAGACAACCAAUCGAUCGACGAUAUUGGGCUCUUGGAUUCUGUUGAUGGCCGGAUCCUUUUCAAACUUCAGGAUUUGUAAAAGAUAAUUAAACUUCAGUUACUCUUUAGCUUAUUUUCUUUUCAUUUUUGUUGCUCUUUGUUCAGCUAGCUAGCUAGUUCUUCCCUAAACCAACGUAAUUAACCCAAACAUGCAUUCCCAUGA